CAGUCAGUUUUGGUAUACAGCCGAUAUAACUGAUCAUGAUUGCGUACGUUUUGUUAACUUGCGUUUUUCUUUUAAUUGUACAAAUUUUACUUUGGGUCACUAAAGAGGGAAGACUAUGGAAUAAAAUUCCUGGCCCAACGCCGCUACCGUUUGUCGGGAAUUUGUUGCCAUUGAUUGGAUCUACAGAGCAUUUGUGGAAUGCGUUACACGAUCUUGCGAUAAAAUACUAUCCAAUAGUUAGAAUAUGGCAUACAAAAACAGUCAUGGUUCUCAUAAGUCAUCCGGAUGACUUACAGGUGAUUCUUUCGAGCAAAGCAAAUAUCAAUAAACCUCCUCUGUAUGAUUUGAUAAAACCAUGGUUGGGUGACAGUGUUAUUUUAAGUAAAGAUAACAAAUGGACAGAACGUCGAAAGAUUUUAAUUCCAGCAUUUCAUUUGAACAUAUUGAAAAAAUUCAUCAAGGUAACUAAUGAGCAUAACGAACGAUUUAUUACGUUUAUCCAAUCUUUUGGAGAUGAAUCAGUUCAAAAUGUGUCAACUUUACUACCAGAACUCACGUUGAAGAUUUUCUGUGAAUCUGCAAUGGGUGUUAAUCAGAAUGAUGAUCUUAUAAAAAAGUACAAACAUGCAAUGGAAGAAAUGUUUGGUGUCAGUAUAUACAGGGCAACUCGACCUUUUAUAAAAGAUUGGAUGAUGCCAUUUGUAAAAAUUGGCCAAAUUCAAAAACGUGCUGUUGAAACUCUACAUGGCUUUAGAGACCAGAUGAUACUGGAGCGAAGAAAAUAUCAUGAGUCUACUGGAUAUCAAAUUUACCAACCUGUUGAUAAUGAAUCUAAUAGCAGUAAUGAGAUACAAUACAAAAGAACGCUGUCAAUGAUAGAUUUAUUGUUUACUCUCGAAAAAGAAGGCUUGAUAGAUGAAGAUGGUAUAAAUGAAGAAGUCGAUACUUUUAUCGUAGGCGGGCAUGAUACUACUGCAAUAGCUUCAACAUUUUUCCUUGUACUUUUAGCUGAAAAUGUGUAUGCACAGGAUCGUGCCAGAGCAGAAAUAACUGAAGUAUUAGCUAAUAACAACGGUGACAUUACUUCACAGCUUCACAAAUUGCAUUAUCUAGAAAGAUGUAUCAAAGAGUCUAUUCGCCUUUAUCCAUCUGCACCAUGCAUUGGUCGAAUCUUAACUGAAGAUAUACAAUUAAAAAAUUAUUUACUUCCCGCGGGAACAGAAGUUUUGUGCAUGCUUCGAGCAGCUCACCUUGAUCCAAAUUUCUGGCCGGAACCUAACAAAUUCGACCCAGAUAGAUUUCUGCCAGAAAAUGUUAAGGAUCGACAUCCGUUCGCAUACUCUCCUUUCAGUCAAGGACCACGUAACUGUAUCGGUCAAAAGCUGGCUUUCUUGCAAAUAAAAAUUUUGGCGUCCGGAAUUUUAUCCAACUUUUAUUUAGAACCUGUGGAUAGAACCGUAGAUGUAAAGUUUCGCAUGAACGCCAACCUACAUACGACUAAACCACUUCACGUUAAAUUUGUGAAGAUACGAAAAGAUUAACAUUUGGAUAAUAUAAGUUAGUUCCUAUUGCACAAUAACUGAGUGUACUUAGAGAAGAUUGAGCUAAUGACGAUGAGAAGGUCAAGUGGGUACUUAAUAUAACUCGAAGAAAGUAAAUUUUCAUCUGUCGUAUUUGACGGAGAAUGUACAACCAAGUAGUUCACCAAUAUCAUUAACUUCGCAAACAGCUACAAACUAUGUCCCUUAUAGAGUACCCAAACGCAAAUAACGUCAGAUCAAAAUAUCGCGAGUAAACUUUCCAAUUGCCCAGCGAUAAAAUCAAAACGAAUGCGUCCGGCCAUCAGUAGAAUCGCAAUCUCAAAAGUACUCGUACUAUUUUACAUGCUGUAAUAUAACGCCUCCUUUACGGCUACACUGUAAAACUGCGCGCGAUUGUCAUGGCGUAAAAAAAAACGCUAGCGUCGUGAAUCAGAAAAAAACAUGCGCGCGAGCCACGGGGAUUAAAGGACAAAGCUAGGAAAAAAAGCAUAACAUCGUAAAGUGUUACGAGGAAAAUUGCGCGCUCGAUCGCAUUUGCGGCCGAGGCGCAGAUGCGCCGGCUAUAAUUUCAUCUCAGGGAUAGUGGAAGCGAAGCGCGUGGAUCGUAAAAGCUACUGCGUGUCUUGCAACGGGCGGCUUUAUUGUGGCUAGUAUGUAUGCCUUGAGAGAUUAAUGAGGAUGAUGGUAGCUUUGAUUCGUUUUGGAUUUUGGUUUGAUACUCGUUUACGGUGAUUAUUACAGGAGUGUGCGGCUUUCAUUAAGGCGCUGGUGAUAGGAAGCUUUUAUUGAUUGCUAAUGAUAAUGAUCUUAGUGAUUAGUUUUUUUUUUCGAGAUACAUAAUGUCUAUUAAAUCGGAAAUGCUGUUUUUAUAAGAACGGACACCAUUACUUAAUUAAGCUUUCAAUUAAAAACAUCAUUAAUUUUCUCUGACAUCUGGGUUUUCAAAGUACUACAAUCUUUUAAAACUGUAGGCUGAUUAAAAACGCUAUUUCAAGAAAUACCGAGAGGCAAAGAAAAAGUAGAAUGUGAUUCGUAGCAGAGCUUUUCAUAAUCUUCUCAAAGUUGCUGACUGCGAUGUUUGCAAAACAAAAUUUACUCACCAGCGCAGUAAUACCAUCGCUAUCCGAUCAAAGACGUAACAACAGCACCAAAGGAAACUACAAAAGCAGUUCGUCCUCUCGAUUUCACUCUCACCUGUGCAGUCGCCAAAUUCGCCAUUACCACAAAGACCGAAUGGUCGACAACGGCGACGACGACACAGUAAUAGCCGAGCUGCAACAAAGAACACACCAUCGCCGUAAAGGAGCAUCAGAGUCGCGAGAAAGAGCCUCGGGACGCUUGCCAGGACUAUAGCGCAAAAAAGGAGAACAGCGUAAUUGACGUGUCGGGAGAGCUGCUGCCGGAAAAACAGAGAGGGACUCAACGCCUUUGGGACGAGCGCGAGCUUUCAUCCGUCGCUUUGUCUCGUCUCUUCAUCUUAGAUGUGCUUUCUCUUUGUAUGAUAUAUACUGUGGAGUCUUGAACUUGGUGAAUAUAAUGCCGAUGUGAUCACCUUUGAGGGCGAAACAAUCAGUAAAUAGUAAUUAUAUAGUUUAGUUUUCUCAGAUGCCAGCUAUACAUGUGGUGCGAUAACGCUUACGGACGAGCUUAGAGGAUUCGCACAUCGAUAGGCGCUACAACACGCAUCUGGCAAUAUCUGCUGGUGCAUAAGCAUUUCUAUCUCUGCAUCUGUUUAGAGGCGAGUAAGUGUGUACGCGUACGAGUACGAAUAUGGUUGAGUGUGAAAGAUUAAUGAUAAAACUUAUUUGUUCCUUUUAUAAGAAAUUUUUUGUGUGCGUAGGUCUGAUGGCGAUUACUCAUGUUCUGUUGAUUUUGACUUAACGUACUGUAUAACGAAUCCGAUUAAGAAGACGUCCGUAUAAAUUGUUCAUAUUUAUUGAAAAUAAUAAAGCAGUAUUAUGAACAUUAGAAAUCAAUGAAAAUUGGAUUGCAAGGUGUUAAUGUAGACGAUAAGAGCGUAUCAUACAGUAUUCAACAUAAGAUAAUGGUAUCACAUUUAUAUUUAUGAAUCGUUGAAAAAUUAUGCAGUUAAACGAUCAUUUAUGCAUGAAUGACUCUGCGUCAUAACAGCUCAAUCUUCGUACGGUGAUAAAAAUAGAAUACAUUUGUAGAGAUACAAUGGAUUUUAUCGCUGCAUUAAAGUAUAAUUCAUUAACUGAUUUUAAGUUCUUUGAAAAUUGUAUAUUCAUAACAUCACGUAUUGAAUUAUUGUACAAAAAUGUGCCGAUAUCUAAAAUACAAAAUGAUUUAUAAGAUAACUGUUCAAACAAACUGCUUUUUUCAUAGAUCUUGACAAACUCGCUCUUUUUUUCAAUACUACAGCAAAAUCAUGCAAUCUCUCUCGACUCCAUCUUUGAGCAAGCAAGAAUAUAAAUCAUUGAGUUUGGUAUCUAUUUGUUUAUUUUAUAUAUUUUUGAAAAAUAUCGCUUUAAUUAAUUUAGCAAUACCAAUACAAAGCAAUCAGCUUUAAGACAAUACAAAUAUCAUAUGCUCAAACGCACACUUAUUUUUUAUUAGAUCUUAUCGACGAUACAUUAUUACUUCUCUUGUAUCAAAUCACUUUAUCGUUAUUUUCUUGUGUCUGUACAGGUGAAUCGUUCAUAGCUUUAUUUCAAUGUUUUCUUAUCCGUUUUAACUCUUUCAUCGUCGAUUACAACUGAUAACAUUUUCGUAAUUUUAUGUAACGGCUUCAAAAUUAAAAUGUUUCUGCGUCAUUUGUAACCACAUAAUUAAGUAAUUUUUAAAAGUAUCUGUAAAAAGUUUAUUUACUAACUAUUGCAUCUACAGCGAUUGAAACCAUCCUCUCUCUUCGUACAUCUCGCAGAGCCUCGUGUACUUUUCUUUGCAUAACUCGCUACAUUUACUACGCAAAACACUUUUCAAGAUCUCUCUGUCUUUCUCUUCUUCUUCGCUGACUUCGUAAGUGAAAUAUUUUAUGCACAAAACAAACAUUGGAAAUCCAAGCGAUGUUUGAUUCUUAAAGUCUUCAUCGAAUGAUCUUCUAGUGAAUACCGCAGUAUCGCAUCCUAUGCAUCGCAGUGUAUCUGUAAAUUUCUUAAAAUACAAUUCUAAGAGCUCAUCCAAUCGAUCGAACAACUCUUGAUCAAAACUACAGAAAAGGAAGUACGCUAAGUCCCUACAGGGACUCGAAUACAGGCACAUUUGAAAGUCUACGAACUUGACGCUGUCGAUUUCUCCGUAAUCAUUUUUGUGGAACAAAAGGUUGUUGGUCCAAAAAUCACCGUGAAUUAUGGUAAUCCAUGGCUCUUUCGCACCUGAAAUUAAUUUACCUUUUUUCACAGUAGCAAAAGCAGCCCUAAUUUUAGGAAGAUGCUUGGCAAAGCGCGGCCCUUCUUCAAAUGUCUGCAGCAAGCUAUCGUAUCCUUUUUCGAAUUCAUCGGCGACGAAGCCAAGAGUCGCAGUUUCGCGUUUCGCUUUCUCAAAAUCAUGAGGUCGUUUUUGGGCUAAAACUACACCUAGUGCAUGAUACCUAGCCAAAGCAGUUAAUGCUAGAGUAGCAUGAUGAAAAUCCAGACCUAAGUGGUAUUCACUUGUAUUAUUUACUUUUGUUUAUCGUAGUUAUUAAAAAUCAAUCAAGUAACGUAUAAUCACUCUUUUUUCUGUCACAUAUGUAGUAGCCCAGCACCUUUAUGUUUUCCAUCAGCAGCAAUGACUGAUCAUCAACUUCUUUACCGUCUUUUUUCAUGGUGUACCUAUGUCCCAUGUACUUUGGCACGCAGUCGAUUAAAUCGUUUUCUGCAACACCGGCAUCUUUCUGUAAUUCUCUGUACAUCGGUAUCAACUUGGAAUAAAUGAAAAUCUCCUUCUUCAACACGUCCGUCCAGAUCACAAAUGGUACCUCCAUG